AAUCUGAAUCCUGAUUUUAUAGUUUCAUUGUUUAUGAUUUAUUGGUGUAAAGAUCAUUUGAGUUUUUUAUAAUUUGAACAUGUUAAAGCAUCUUCUUAUUGAGUAAAAUAUAGUUGAUGUGAUGUGAUACUCCACAUCAAUAAAUUGCAAGUCACCUAAUACAAGAAUUUUGAUAGAUACAAGAAUUAAUUACUUAUCAUACUACUUUUUGAGCUUAUGUCAUUUCUAAAUCUGAGAUGAGAGUUCUAGAACAAAUUCAUGUGAAUUUCAUUAUAUUCAUGAUUUUCUAGAAUUAUGACUGCCGCUGCUGUUCUUUCUUCUCAGAAGAACCCAAGAAUUUUCAAAUUCAAUCCUGGAAGAACAACAAUGCGAAAACCAAAUGUUUUUACAAAGUUAGGAACAUGCAGAGUGGCUCACAGGCCAAUCUUUGUAUUGGCUACCUUUAUUAUUCUUAUCUCUGUUGCCAGUUUAUCCAAAUUCUACUCUCUCAGAUCACUUCUUGUUACUAAUACUUUCAUCAACCACCUUACCCCUGAGAGCCAUGAUGGAAGUGGAAGUGAAGUUAGAAUUACCAUCCAAACUGUCAUUCAAAAAAUUCAACAGGAAUUGAUUAUGAUGAGAGAUAUGCCCACCGAAUCAUCCUCACCAGCAUCUCUAUUGAGACACACUGCAUUUCUAGCUGAUAUCUUAAGGCUUAUUGAGUCAGUACAGGCAUCUUUGCCAUUGAAUGAAAAAACUUAUAAGCAGAAGAGUGAAAACAGUAGUGCACAUCCUCUAAAGCAACAAUCCAAUGAAUUUUCUGAUUAUUUCUUCAUUGAAGAGAUUCGUAAGUACGUCAAGAUGAAGCCCAACAGACUAGGAAAACAGAACUUCAUGGGAGCAAAUGGAACUUUCACUAGCAUUGGUCAUGCUUGUUUUGCUAUGAAGAAAGAGCUCGAAGAAUACAUGAAUUAUGAUAUUGAAGAAAUCUGCAAUGAUGAUUGGAAACUAGCUCAAAAGCUCAUGGUUCAUGGGUGCGAUCCAUUACCAAGGAGAAGAUGCUUCUCAAGAGCUCCACAACUAUAUUACAAGCCGUUCCCCAUUAACGAGUCCAUGUGGAAGCUCCCUGACAAUAGAAAUAUUCGAUGGAGUCAGUAUCGAUGCAAGAAUUUCAAUUGCUUGGCCAACAAUUCCACUGGCAAAGGAUUCUUCAAAUGUGCUGAUUGCUUCAACCUUUCAUAUCAUGAAAUGCCCAGAUGGAUUCAACAAGUAAAUAUAGUCCCGAAUUCAAACCUGACUGCAGAUUUCCUUAUACCGGAAGUGCUUGGUAUUAAGCCAGGGGAGAUCAGAAUUGGAUUGGAUUUCAGUGUUGGAACCGGGACUUUUGCGGCUAGGAUGAGGGAGUUCAAUGUAACAGUAGUCUCAGCAACUAUCAAUCUAGGGGCACCCUUCAAUGAAAUGAUAGCUCUUCGAGGACUUGUCCCUCUCUACCUGACAAUAAAUCAACGGCUCCCAUUCUUUGAUAAUACUCUAGAUUUGAUUCACACAACCAGAUUUCUCGAUGGUUGGAUUGAUUAUGUGCUCCUAGACUUCAUAUUGUAUGAUUGGGAUAGAGUUUUAAGGCCUGGGGGUUUGCUAUGGGUUGACAGCUUUUUCUGUUUGAAAGAGGAUUUGGAUGAUUAUUUGAAAGCUUUCAAGAUGCUAAGGUAUAAGAAGCAUAAAUGGGUUGUCGUUCCAAAGCUAGAUAAAGAUGACAGAGAGGUGUUCUUUUCAGCUGUAUUAGAGAAGCCGCCUCGGCCAUUCUGAUAAUUACCUGUUGGAGUAUUUUACAUCCUAUUUUGUCAUGAUAAUUGUACAAUUUUUCAUUUAUAGAUCUCAUAACCAUAAUUUUCAUAUACUUGAAUGGUUUAUGGUAGUAAGCAUUUAAAACUCAAAUUGUUUCGUGGAUUCUAGUUAGCUUGGUAAAGCUUAUUAUUAUCAAAUAAGAGGACAUGAGUUUGAAUUU